AUGGUGGUGGCGGAAUUCGGAAUUGCCUUUGCAGCAUUAAGAUGCAUGAAGGUUUUAGCUGGAUCCAGUUUUCUCAGUUUUGAGUUUGGGGACACAGAUAAAAACACAUAUAUUGUUAUUCUCGCUAGUUUCAGCAGAGCAUCACUUCUGUCUCUGCUUGUUGAUUUCGGAGAACUUUUCUAUGUAUAUUUACCUGUAAUUAUAUCCAUCUGUGGUUGUGAUGCAUCUGUUCUGCUAGCUGAUAGAACUGAGAAUGGGACAGGUUUACCUGAUCCAACAAUUCCUGCCGACUUUCUUGAAGAGCUGAAGCGGAAGUGUCCAGACGACAGCAACACCAUCAACUUUAUGUUCAAUGAACAUAGAGCUAGGGGUCUGAGCGAGUCUGCUAUAUCAAUUGAAACUUCAGUAGAUAAUCACUACUACAAUACUUUGAUGAGAGGAAGAGGGCUGCUGUUUGCUGAUCAACAGUUGAUGGCUAAUGAAAAGACUGCUGCAGCAGUGACAGAUUACGCUUUUGAUGAUGGGAGUAUAUUUAGGACACAGUUUGCUCAUGCCAUGGGUAAAAUGUCCAAUUUUGGUGCUCUUACUGGAACCAAAGGAGAGGUUCGGCACAGUUGCUCCCAUCUCAAUUCUGAUCAAUGA